AUGGCCGCAGCGCGUGCUUCGCCCCCUCGCGCGUGGCACCCGCGCGCCCCCCGCCUCCUGCUCAGCGCCGCCCCCCGCGGGUCUCCCGCUCGCGCCCUCCGCGCGAGGCGAGCCGCCGGCCUCCCGCGUGGCCCCCGCGGGCCUCGCCUCCUGUCCUGCGCGAGGCGAGGCGCCGGCCUCCCGCGUGGCCCCCGCGGGCCUCGCCUCCUGGGCAGCGCGCGCCCUCCGCAGGCCCCGGCGUGGCUCGCGCCGUCCGCUCGAGGCGAGGCGAGGCGAGGCGCCGGCCUCCGCGUGGCCCCCACGGGCCCCUCCUCCUGCGCGGCGCGGCCUCCUGCGCGUGCGCUCGGCGCCGCCCCGGCCUCCUGCGCGGCGCGGCCUCCUGCGCGUGCGCUCGGCGCCGCCCCGCCGCUCCUCGAUCUAGGGUUCGUGGGUGGCUCAGAUGAAUAG